AUUGAACAUGCGUAAUUAACCUUUCUGAAUAGGAAAAAAAAAACACAACAUAACUCUUCAUUUGUGGAACAUGCGCAUUCGUUCUCCCUAGCUUUUUGGGAGUUGAAAGUGAGCAUGCGCAUAAUCGCUCUCUGACGUUUGAACGGGACAGAAACGGCUGGUCUUGGGGUUGUCAGUUGCUCAAUUUUUUGAGGAAAUAGGCCUAGAGUGUGUCUCAGCAUGUCAAUAGUAACACUGCAACUUGGUCAGUGUGGCAAUCAGAUUGGUUUUGAAGUGUUCGAUGCUUUAUUUAGUGAUGCACACUAUCACCAGGGACUCUGCUCUAAAAGAGAGAAUGAGGCCUAUCAGGCAUCUUGCAAAGAAAGAUUCUUCAGUGAGGAAGAAAAUGGAGUUCCAAUUGCCCGAGCUGUACUUGUUGACAUGGAACCUAAAGUUAUCAAUCAAACACUAUCAAAGGCUGCCCAGUCUGGCAGAUGGAAAUAUGGCCAACAUUCAUGCUUCUGUCAAAAACAAGGUUCUGGAAAUAACUGGGCAUACGGUUACUCUGUUCAUGGACCCAGGCAUGAAGAAUCUAUAAUGAACCUAAUUCAGAAAGAAGUGGAAAAAUGUGACUCAUUAAGUGGUUUUUUCAUCAUAAUGAGUAUGGCUGGGGGCACAGGAUCAGGGUUAGGAGCCUUCGUUACACAGAAUUUACAAGAUCAGUACUCCAACUCUUUGAAAAUGAAUCAGAUUAUAUGGCCUUAUGGAACUGGUGAGGUUAUUGUUCAGAACUACAACUCCAUUUUGACUCUUUCUCACUUGUACCGAUCUUCAGACGCCCUCCUUGUUCAUGAGAAUGAUGCUGUUCAUAAGAUCUGUGCGAAACUGAUGAAUAUCAAGCAGAUCUCCUUUAGCGAUAUAAAUCAAGUCCUCGCCCAUCAGCUGGGAAGUGUGUUCCAGCCGACUUAUAGUGUGGAAGGCUCAUUUCACUACAGAAGAAAUCCUUUAGGAGACUUAAUGGAGAAUUUAGUUCCCCAUCCUGAAUUCAAGAUGCUGGGUAUUCGUAACAUUCCUCAAAUGUCUGAGAACUCACUGGCGUACAGCACAUUUACUUGGGCUGGCCUCCUCAAGCAUUUGAGACAGAUGCUCAUUUCAAAUGCGAAAAUGGAAGAAGGUAUCAAUUGGCAUGUACGGCCUCCUGUAUCAGGACUUCCUACUCUCAGUAAGGAGCUCCAUUUUAACACUUCCAUUGCUAACUUAGUUAUCCUUCGUGGGAAAAGUGUGCACAGUGCGGAUCUGGGGGGAUUUAAAGAUCCAGCUCUCUAUACUUCCUGGUUAGAGCCUGACAAUGCUUUCAGUGUGUGGAAAACCCAGCGAGCCUUUAGCAAAUAUGAAAAGUCUGCAGCGUUGGUCAGCAAUAGCCAGUUCUUAGUUAAACCACUUGAUAUGAUUGUGGGCAAAGCAUGGAAUAUGUUUGCUUCAAAAGCCUACAUUCAUCAGUACACAAAAUUUGGAAUUGAAGAAGAGGACUUUUUGGACAGUUUCACACUGUUAGAACAGGUUAUUGCCAGUUACUGCAACCUCCGAUUUUGAACAAAGGGGGAAAAGUACCUUACAUCAUUUUUGGACUAAAAUAUUUUCCAUAUUGCUUUCCCUAUAAGGUUUCAAACGACAAAGUAAUAUGCUGAUUCCUUCUGUAUACUAUGCCCACAGAACAGGAGGAAAACCUUUUAAAUGGAGAAAAUAGCAUGUUUUCAAUGAAAACAUCUACUUGGUAUUUUCAUUUGUAAGAAAAAAAUUGGUGCUUCUAUAAGAACUUUGGAAAUACUUUGCUGAGGUGUUAGAACUCUGGAACUAUCUCAAAAAGGGAAUAUUCUGUUUUGUCCCUAAAUUCCUAACUCUUCCUUCUCUAUUCCAAAAAGGAUUCACUAAAUAUGAGCUAAACUUUCGCAGCACAAUUUUAAGCUAAGAAAUUGCAAUUCUGUAUAUAAAUGUAUUCAUCUCUGAAAUGAAUGCUUUGAACCACAAGAGGGAGCUGUUGUUAAACUCUAUAGUGUGAACCUCUCUUGAAUAUUCUAUAACAGGUAAGAUUUUCCACUUUAAGCAACUACUUAAAUAUAAAUUUCAGGAUUUUGUUAAUAAAUGUACAUCAUGUUUAAAUACUAAAGAAAAUAAGUAAAUGUUACUUCAUUUGCUUUUCUUCAACUUUUUGGGCAUAAGAAAAUUGGGUCAGUUUUCUCUUAGACCUUAGAAUACGAAGGCAGAAACUGAUUUUAGUGCUUUAAAAUUACUUAUAGGUAUUUAGCUGAUGUGAAAGAAGGUUAUAUGAUUUUCAGUAAAAGGCGUUAAGAGCUUUCACCAAUAUUUCACUAAGUUGAGAAAAUUAUCACGAAGGAAAUACUGUGCUUGAUGAAAUUGGCACACUCAGGUUUCACUCAGAAGGACAAAACACACUUGGAAAUUGGCAGCUGAAUUUGAGGGGAGUGGUGUAUUUCAGUUAAAGACAUCACAUGCAAUAUAUUAACAAACGUAAAAUGGAAAACAAAUAGGAACAUUUGCUUGCCCUUUCUGCCAAAUCUACCAGUGGUGACUUAUUUUUAUUUGGAACAAAGACAGUUCACAGCUUCACUGGUUCUUCCUUUUCUUUCCAUAUGGAAAUGAUUACCUUUUUUGCUGUUUUUCUUAUCAACUGUUGCUAUGAUUUAAAAUACUGAACCAUAUCUUAUUUCUAAAGAAUGUAAAAAGUGGUCUGUUCAGCUGCUAAAAGGCACACCCCACUGCUGCAUUUUGUUAACCCAAGUCUACUUGAAAAAUAAUUAGAUCAUAAUUUUUAUAAAAUAAAGUUAAAAGUAAUUGUUUAGCAUUGAAGAGAUCCAAAGACUACAGCCACCAAACGAAACCAGCAUUAUUGAAGAUCUGUAACUGAAUGACCUCCCCAGGGGUUAAGCUGAUUAUGAGGAAACUUGCUAAAAAGUUAAGCUUCAACAAAGUCAUAAGUUUGAAAUCAUUUUAUAUUUGAGCAAGGUACCAUGAAGUACCUUAGGGACAAGUCUAUUUCUAAUUUGGCAACUCAUGGAAUCAAUGGCAGGUGAAUAUUGAAAGUAAACCCAAUUAGGCAGAGCUCUGGGUCCAUUCACUGAUGUGAGUUGACCCUUUUUAUGAUCCACAACUAUAUUAUUUGAGUGCAAUGGAUAAGCCUCGACCUGGGAAAACCACCUUCGUGAUCAUGGUAUCUCCCAUUAUUUGAUAUGUGUGAACACCUAAAUAUUUACAAAGUUGUUUUAAACGUUUACAUGGAAAAUCUGUUCUUGUCUAUUUGGAAUAAUAUAAAAUUUUUGCUGUUAGAGUUGGAAUUUUAACUUGAAAAUUAACACAAAGAAGCUGAUUCCAAACUUCAAGAUAAAGGGUGGCAUUGGAAA